UCCACCUUUCUUCUUCGUCGCUUCCUGAUAAGGCCAUAACAGCACGUUGUAGUUAUUGCACAGUGUAUGUUUGUCUGCCCGUGUCAGUUGCAUUACAACACUUUUAGCAGUCUCCAGGUUCAUGUUGCUCACAAAGACUUUCACUCAAUAAAGCGAGCGCCGGCAGCAGCUUCCAGUCAUGGAGGGAAGGACAGUGGAGACAACAGAAGAUCUGUUGGUAAAGCAGCACCGCAAGGAAAAGAAAGACCUGCAAGCUAAAAUCCAGAGCAUGAAAAAUGCUGUCCCCAAAAAUGACAAGAAAAGGAGGAAACAGUUGACAGAGGACAUUGCCAAGCUGGAGGCUGAACUCAAUGAAAAACAUGAGGAAGAAUUCAGGCAACUCAAAUCUACAAGUGGCUCAGCGUUUGAAGAGGUUAUAAAUGGAGUCGAGACCAUGAAGACGGAGAGUGUAGAAGACGAUGAGAGCAAACAGCCACGAGUAACCAAGGCUCAGAAGAGAAGGGACAAGAAGGCUGCCCAGGACAAGGAGAGAGAGAGCAGGAUAGCAGACGCCGAGGUGCAGAACCUGCAGGGUGUCAGGCACCAGGAGGGAUUGAAGCUGGCUCAGAAACUUGCCCAGCAACAGCUGCAGAUCAAGGAGAUCCCAUCUGAUGGCCACUGCAUGUACCGGGCCGUUGAAGAUCAGCUGGCACAGCGCUCAAAGCCUGCGUUAACUAUGAGUUUGGAGAAACUGCGCUCUCUUACUGCCGAGCACAUGAGAAGCCAUGUUGAUGACUUCUUGCCUUUCCUCACCAACCCGAACAAUGGUAACAUGUACACACCAGAUGAGUUUGAAAAAUACUGCAGUGAUGUGGAGCACACAGCAGCUUGGGGUGGACAACUGGAGCUGCGAGCUUUGACCCAAGUCCUCCACUUGCCAAUAGAAGUGAUCCAGGCUGACUCGCCAGCAAUAAAGAUUGGAGAAGAAUUUGACAGUGAAUCUAUCACCCUCGUCUACAUGCGUCACGCCUACGGACUGGGAGAGCAUUACAAUUCUGUGGAGCGGCUAAAGGAACCGGCCAAUGUGGAGGACAGCUGAGCUCCGGCGUAGUCCUGAUGGGGAAAAUAAACCCGUUUGUUUAAUGCAGAGGGUCUUAACCUCUCACACCAAGGGCCCCUUUAAUACCAACUGAUUUUAAAGGGUGAAUUGUACUAAGGUGUGACACCUUAGUACAAUGAUGUUCCAGCGGGCCAGAAGAGAAGUGGGGAGCUGUACACCAUGCAUGCUGUGUGCUUGGAAUGAACUGAGUUGGUGAACCUGUAAAUCAUGUCAUUGUUACAUAAACACAAACGAUAUUAAAGACAAUAUGCUUGGA